UCGUCAUCUCGAAACCCGACCUCGUCGCCAGAUGUGCUUGGCCCCGAAGGCGAUGCGAUGUACCUCAUCUCGUCACCGGCACCCGACUUUUUGGGGCGCCAGGGGCGGCUUCCGCGGUAUGGUCUGCAGACUCCCAGAGGAAAAGCGCGGCUUCCCAGUCGAAGCCCCAACAAGAGCGCGCAAACCAUCCACUUCGAUGACAUCGUGCUGCCGCCAAAGUCGCCCAUGUCUGUCACCAAUAGACAGCGAUCCAUAUCCCCAACUAAGAUGCAAUCGGAGGGUAAUCUCAGUCCCUGGAGAAUUCGAGUUACAGUGGAGGCGGAACAAGACGAGGACGAAAAUGCGCAAGGCAGCCCACGCAAGAAGCUCAAACCUUCGACCAUGAUUACCAAGGUACCCCUUAAGGACGAAGAAUGGAACCCCCCAUCUGCAAAAAAAAGAAGAGGACGGCCUCGUAAAUCGGACGUACAAGAUCAAGAUGCCACUCCAAACAAAGGAAGCCCUGGGCGCACACCAAAGCGGAAGCCUGCAUCUCCUGAAAAACGACCGCGAGGCAGACCACGCAAGAGCGUGCAAUCAACGAUGGUUGCGCAGAGUAUUGAAACCGAUGAACAUCCCGUCACCAGCCCAACCUCUCUAGAUGGAGCUUUCGAAACGAACUCCCCGGUGCCUUCUAUGGAAGCAGAUCACGUAUCGCUGGCGGACUCUCAGCUUGAAUUAGAUCCUUUUCUCGACAUUGUGGGGUCUGGCACUCUAGGUACGGGACAACGGGCAACUAGGUCUUUAUAUCGCUUCUCUCCACCAAGUGCUUCAGAAAAUUCCCACCCAGAAAGCAUCAAGGUUACCCGUGUAAUAGAAGGCACUUCGGAUUCGACACCCCUCAAAACACUUGCCGCUGCGCGCAGAGUGCAAGCGACAUCGCCGGAAAAUACCUUACACGCGGGGCACACACCUCGAGUUCGAAGAAGCUACCCAACUCCCGCAUCAUCGUCUCUUGUUGACGAGAAUCAGGGCAGCUCAAGAAAGCAGCUACAUCAGGAAGGCGACAAGGCCCGUACUACAAUUGUAGACCCGACCGACGAGCACCAUGAAUUCGACACAAUUAUGGAGAGCGAGGGUUUCAGCAUGGUGUCCUUGGACACCCUCCCCUCUGCAAAACAAGAGGGAUUUAACUCCACUCUAAACUCCGCCAAAGGGUCACUCAACCCUUUUAUUGAAAGACACAAUCUAAUUUCUUACGAUAAGAAGUCAAAAUCACCAGUUGCAUUUGACAAGAGCACACAGAGUGCUGCAUCGACAUCCGCAAAGACUACUUCUGGAUUCCAACAAAGUGAAGAAAGAUACUCCAACGUUGCUGGAGACCGUUCUGUAAUUCAAGAUCAACACGAGGAAACGCGAACUUAUCCGAAUAUUGCGCGAAUUGUUCGAAUUGGACUUGCUCUACAUCGUACCAUGCGACCGCAGAUAGGCUUUGGAGCAAGCGACGAAGAGCUGACGAACUCAAGGAAAAGAUUAGAACGUAUAUUCAGUGACCUGAACCCUAAUAUGCAACGCCAACUUCAAGCUGGUCUUAAAUUUGGAGAACAACUCGCUCGUAGCCACAUGAGAACGGAGAGGUAUAUUAAUGAGGAAGAAAAAAGAACCACGAGAUUAGGACAGGGAAGGCGAAACAGCUCUAUACAAGAACCGGCUCGUCGGUACGAUUCCCCUAGACAAGAAUAUCCAAAUAUGGCACAACAAGAAGCCCAGUGGCAACAAGAAAGGGAAGAGAUUAGUCGAAAAAUUGAGAUGGCUGCAUCAAGUGAUGUUAUUGUGCUCGAAAGCGACGAAGAGGAUGUAUUGCAGAGCGAGGACCAGGAGCAAGAGUCACUUCUUGACGAAGCAGAUCAGGAAGAGGGAGAGGCGGAUGAUACAAACUACGGGGAUAUAUGGCAGGUGGAAGCCAGGAGUCAUGACUGGAGUUCUGAUAGGCGUUCGGAUUUCCGCGCGUCUCGAGCAGAGGAUCAGGCUUCUUUUCAACCAGAACCCCCUAAGCGGGCACAACAAGGUGACUUGAAUACGAGAUACAGUACACAGUACGAUUGGAAUCCAGACAGCGGUGAACUGCCACCGCUGGGAAGGUCCCGAAUGGAACAACUACGAGACGAAGAUGUUGAUAUUUCGUUUCUGUUGAAGCCCCGUGAUACACCCAAGUCUAGAAAAUACUACGGAAAUGGCAGCCCUCACACAGUCGCCAGCCAGAAAUCCCACUCCUCUGCCAAUGGGAGAAUUGAGGUUCCCAAGGGUGUUACGGUUCGUGACAGACUACCAUCUUCGAGGCUCGGUCGUCCUGAUGAUGGCGACCUUGACGACAUUGAACCUGAAGAAGUCGCUCGAGAUGAAGCCCCGAAUAAAACCACAGAUGAAGAAGAGCAUGAGAUGGGUGCAUCUUAUCAAGAAACGAUUACCCCAGAACACGAUUCUCGAAUCCAAGACCCAAUAAUCACGCCGACUCGUGAGAAUACUGCCUCAAAUCCGUCAUGGUUCCGCCGACUCACGAACAAUUUCACUCCUGGGUGGUGGACAAAGUCUGAAAAAGAGGACUUUGUCGAGGCAGAUAAGCCCCUGGACGAGUCUUUCAGCCCGCCCUUCCACGACAAUGGCAAUAUGCCGCAUUCUCCUAGCUUGGAAGCGACGCCAAAUUUAAAGCGUACCCGAGAGGUGGAAUCAGAUCCACCUUGGCCUGUGGAUGCCGAAGAUCACCGUGAUCAGCGUGAUCCGCAAGUCAAAAAGCCUCGCCUUAGGGCACUGGCGACAUCCGGAUACUUCACAGACGCUCAUUACGUUGCGCUGAGGCGUCUCUACGCGUUAGCCAAGCGACAGCCGGAGCAAUUCCCCUACCACUCGAAUGCACGGCGAGACGAGAUGAUCGGCGAUUCACUGUGGACGUCGGAUGGCGAGCAUGGUCUCCCAAUUGCUGAAAUCCAGUUUGGCAUUGUGGACCGGUUUGUGUCCGACCUGGCCGAGGCCGACAUGCAGAAUGGGGGCAGCGGUGAGGUGGGAUGGACGGAGGACGAUCUCCACAAACGGCUGUUCAGCAUCAUAGUAGGCGAGCAGAUUCGCAGAGAGGAGAAGGAGCAG